AUGUGGUUGCUGGUGGCGGCGGUGAUUGAGACCUCUACCAUCCCCCUACCAUUCAGUGCUCCUGGUGGGUUCUCCAGCUCCUACAUGAACCAGAGGGAUCGUGUAGCACAGAUCUUGAGGGAUGAGCGUCAGGGACCUGCAGUAGACGGCACCUACAGCUUCCACUUCGAGACAAGUAACGGUAUCAUCCGUCAUGAGAAAGGCGCCCCCCUGAGGGACAGUGGCGCAGUGGCUGUGCAAGGCGGAUGGUUGUUCCCACACCCAGAUGGUACAGGCUCCUCCGUCAACUUCAUCGCUGACGACCAUGGUUAUAAGCUGGUGUCUGACUCCCCGCCAGCCUCCCAGUCCUCCAGCUCUGAAAUCCAGCUUAGUGGUUCCCCGAUCCCAGGAUUAAGUUCAGUGAAUCCCAAACACCAGAAUCCCAGUUCGGUGGAUCACCAGUUCCAGAUUCCCAGUUGGGUGAAUCCCAAACUCCAGAUCCCCAGUUUGGUGUAUCACCAGUUUCAGAAUCCCAGUUCAGUGAAUCCCAAACACCAGAUCCCCAGUUUGGUGUAUCACCAGUUUCAGAAUCCCAGUUCAGUGAAUCCCAAACACCAGAUCCCCAGUUUGGUGUAUCACCAGUUUCAGAAUCCCAGUUCAGUGAAUCCCAAACACCAGAUUCCCAGUUGGGUGUAUCACCAGUUUCAGAAUCCCAGUUCAGUGAAUCCCAAACACCAGAUUCCCAGUUUGGUGUAUCACCAGUUACAGAAUCCCAGUUCAGUGAAUCCCAAACACCAGAUUCCCAGUUUGGUGUAUCACCAGUUACAGAAUCCCAGUUCAGUGAAUCCCAAACACCAGAUUCCCAGUUUGGUGUAUCACCAGUUACAGAAUCCCAGUUCAGUGAAUCCCAAACACCAGAUCCCCAGUUUGGUGUAUCGCCAGUUUCAGAAUCCCAGUUCAGUGAAUCCCAAACACCAGAUUCCCAGUUGGGUGAAUCCCAAACACAGAUCCCAGUUUGGUGUAUCCCAGUUCCAGAAUCCCAGUUCAGUGAAUCCCAAACACCAGAUUCCCAGUUGGCUCGGUGGAUCCCCAGUUCCAGAAUCCCAAUUCGGUGGAUCACAAACACCAGAUUCCCAGUUCGGUGGAUCCCCAGUUCAAGAAUCCCAGUUCGGUGGAUCACAAACACCAGAUUCCCAGUUCGGUGAUCCCAAACACCAGAAUCCCAGUUCGGUGAAUCCCAAACACCAGAAUCCCAGUUCGGUGGAUCCCAAACACCAGAAUCCCAGUUCGGUGGAUCCCAAACACCAGAAUCCCAGUUCGGUGAAUCCCAAACACCAGAAUCCCAGUUCGGUGAAUCCCAAAUCCCAGAAUCCCAGUUCGGUGAAUCCCAAACACCAGAAUCCCAGUUCGGUGAAUCCCAAACACCAGAUUCCCAGUUCGGUGGAUCCCAAACACCAGAAUCCCAGUUCGGUGAAUCCCAAACACCAGAUUCCCAGUUCGGUUGAUCCCCAGUUCAAGAAUCCCAGUUCGGUGGAUCCCAAACUCCAGAAUCCCAGUUCGGUGGAUCGUCGUCCUUAG